AUGCAUUUGAUUCAGGAACGAUUCGGUCUUAUGCAUGCCUCAACAGUUUCGUGUAUAAUCACUGGUAUCAAGCCGAUGAUCAACAUAUUUCUUAUCGGGCUUUUCGCGAUUCGCCUACGGGAGCAUAUGAAAUUGAUCAAGACGUUGGACACCAUCGAUUUGUGCUUUCGUACUGCCUUCCAUUUAUCGCCGCCCACUCGAUGCUAUGUAGCCGUAUUUUUUGUACUCGUUGGAUUUUUUACUGUGAUGCCAUUUACCUUCAAAGUCGUCGAAUUUAUCUACACCGAUCAAAAGUUCGGCUCGAGUGUCAUCCAAGACACGGCAUUCGUCAUCGUGCCCACGCUGUCGUUAUGGAAUGUCAUACCGUUGCUCUACUAUGAUUUGUACAACCGGCUUGUCCGAUUCUACUGCAGGACUGUUUCUUUGGACCGUUGCAAGCCGGAAAGUGAAAGUAUUGGAAAGCCGAGUUUUCCUUCCCCUUCCCGAAUCCAGUUCCACACGCAUUACCACUGCGAGCAGACACGCGGCAUUGUGAAUGCCGUCCUUCGAAUCGUUCCGGAUGCAAAUGCGGACUUGGAUCGGUUCCAGAUUUCAUGCUUCGUGCACAAAAUGUCCACGCAGUUCAUGUGGGGAAUGACAGUCUGGCGUGCGUUUCCACUUGAACGGACCACUUUUUUCACGCUCGUGUCUUGUGGUUGUCACUUACGCAUUUCUGCUCUUGAAGCUGAAAGAAAACGCAAUGACGCCCAUUACGCGACAAUUCAUCAUCCACAACAAUGGUUCCAUGGGCGUUCAGCACGACGUUAUCACCUUGACGGGAACUGGACUCCUAUGACGUCAAGAAAGCAUUACAUAGAAGGUGACCAUCAGAGCUAUUCGGUCGCACCCACCUUGGUCCGUGCUAUCGGUUCCGUUGACUUCAACGAAGCUUUCUCAUUCUUUCUUGGAGAGCAAACAUGUGGGCGACUGCCAUGGAGAAUGCUGAGGACACGACAGCAGGCCGUUCACUACCCAUUCAUUGGAAUGCUCAUCGAGAAAUCUCAGGGCCCUUCCUUCAUCAAGGGAUUGCUUAUGCUCCAGAUCGUCUCUCCUAUUACUGUAAUUAUGUAA